AUGGCGGAGGAGUAUGAAAAGUAUAAGCGGUUUGAGUACCGCAUGAAUUCGAACCUAGUCCUCCAGAGGGAGGGCCCCGUUCCUAACUUUAAUGAGCCCACGGGGGAGAGUGAAAGUUUGGCUGGGAGGCUUAAGCAUAAGAUGGGGGACAAGGUAGAGUACACGAAGCCGACAAGCCAUAGCAGGAGAAAGGAUGAACCAUUUGUGAGAAGCAACAAGAGAAAGGAUCUUAUGUUUGAUGACAGUAGGAAGAAAAUGAGAAGAGGUAACAAUGGAAUGAUUAAAGAGAGAAGUGUAUUGAGUAUUAACCUUCAGGACAUCUUUAUGUACAAGCCAAGCACCAAGUACACGGAGAAAAUGUUUUCUAAUGUGAUGGGUACGGUUCGAUCCAUCAUUGGAGACCACACAGGGGACAUCAUUAACAGUGCUUGUAACGAGGUACUCUUCAUUUUGAAGAAUGAGAAAUUAAGUAAUGAGGAGAAAAAAAAGCAAGUGGAAGGUGCACUUGAGGUCUCCUCUAUGAGUGAUGAACAGUUUAUCGAGCUGAAUAACUUUGCCAGGGAAAUAUAUGACUUUAACAGGAAGGAAGUUUUGGAGGAGGUGGACGAGGAGGAGGGUGUUGCUGUAGUCUUUGAGGAGGACGAUGAGUAUUUCGAUUACAGGAGCAGCACGAAGGGGCGAGAUAGCACCAAGGGGCAGGAGGACAUGGCCAGUACAAAUGAGUUAAGUGACGACUACAGGUAUGGCGAGGUGGAGGACGAUGAGGAGGAGGAUGGCCAAGAUGGGGACCACGUCGACGACGAGGAAGACGACGAUGACGAUGCGAAUGAGGAGGAAGAAGAGGAUGAUGAUGAUGAUGGGGACGAAGAGCAGGAGGAACAUGACGACGAUGCAGGGGAAGACGCAAUGGGGACAAAAAGCAUUACAUCAGGGAAGGGAAGUAGGGGGCGUAAGACCUCUAAAGGAAGCAUGAUUAUGACCCCAGGUGCUUUCCCUAUGAAGAAAAAACAGGACAAGCAAGAGAAACACCUAAGCUUGAAAAGCAUUAACAAAGAUACGAGUGGGAAGAGCAAGGACGCAGAGGACUACGAUUUGGAGACAAAUUCGAUCGACGCACAUUGGUUGCAAAGAGAAUUGAAUAAAGUCUUUACCGACCCCUCCCUCUGUUUAGAGAAAGAGAAGGAUGUGCUUGAUGUACUAGGUAUAUAUGACAUACAAGAAUGUGAAAAUAAGCUUGUACAUAUACUGAAGUACGAGAAUUUUUCCAUGGCAAAAUUAUUGAUUAAGAAUCGUUGGAAAGUGUAUUACUGUACGUUGCUUGGUCAGGCCCAAACGGAGAAGGAGAAGAAGAAAAUCAUGGAGGAGAUGAGGAAGAGUGAAGAGGGGGAGGAAAUUUUAGAGGAGCUCUCGAAUUUUAAAGCCAUGAAGAGGAACAAGCAGAGUGAGUUUGCCAAGACCAUGCGCAGGGAGGCAGACAACCUGUUCAACAAACGCAGGUACGCGGGGGAAGAGGCCACGGAGGACACUCGUCAGAGGGGCAAAUUCAUACACGAGGGGGACGACGACGAUGAAGAUGAAGAAGAGGAUGAUAACGAUGAUGAUGAUGAGGACGAGGAGGAUGAUGAUGACGGCACUGCAAAGAACGCCAAGUCGGCUGCGAAACGAUCUGGCCAGACGAAGAAACUAAGCGUAAAUGUGGGCACCAAGCAGGGAAAGAAGGGAAGGACAGCUGAGCACGACGACGGGGAAAACGAUGAGGACGAGGAAGCAGUUGAACAGAUCAGAGCCAAGUAUGUUGACUUGGAAAAGAUGGAGGUCAAACAGAAGGGAGCAGAUUUUUUUAACAGAGAAGUGGUGUUGCCAGUGGACAGCAGCCGCGUGGAGAAAAAAGAUUACGAUGAGAUUAUCAUAUCGAGUGCUAGGAGUAAAAGCAGAAGUGGGAAAGGGUCACUCGAUAAUGAAAAGGCAAGGGGGAAGGAGAACUACUUCACGAACCCAGACGACAUAAAUCUCGUGAGCGUAUCGGAGCUACCCGAGUGGGCACAAGAAGUUUUCACCUGCGUAGGUAUUAGUAAACUGAACGCAGUACAAUCUAAGGUGCACCAGGUAGCUCUAAACAGGUACGAUGAGAAUAUGCUUAUAUGUGCCCCAACAGGUUCAGGAAAAACGAACAUUGCCUUGCUGUGUAUACUGAAUGUGAUAGGAAGCUAUAGGUUACGUAGUGGCAACAUCGAUAGGAAGAACUUUAAGGUUAUAUAUAUAUCUCCUAUGAAGGCGUUGGUGAAUGAACAGGUGCAGUCCUUUUCCCUAAGAUUGAAGUGUCUGAAUAUCAAAGUGAGCGAGUUAACAGGAGACGUGAAUUUGAGCAGCAAGGAGAUUGACGAGAGUCAGGUGAUUGUGAUGACCCCCGAAAAGUUCGAGGUGAUAAGUCGGAAGUGGAAUGAGAAGAUUUUGUUGCAGAAGAUAAAGCUGAUCAUCUUCGAUGAGAUUCACCUGUUGAACGAGGCUCGAGGGAAUGUCCUGGAGAGCAUCAUUAGUCGGAUCAAUCGAUACGUGGACAACACGCUGGUGUACGACGUGGGGGGGUCGCCUGAAGGAGUGUCAAAGGGAUCAUCAACAGGGGAGGCCAACAGCAUGUCACGUGAUGUGGACGACGCCCAGCAGAACAGUCUGCAUAUGCGCAGGAAGAAGAUCCGGUUGGUGGGUCUAUCCGCCACGCUGCCGAACUAUGAGGACGUGGGUCUGUUUCUGCGGGCUGACUUGCGCAGAGGUGUAUUUUACUUCGAUUACUCCUUUAGGCCAGUCCAGCUGGAGCAACACUACAUUGGCAUUAAGGAGAAGAAGGGAAUUAAAAAGUAUGCUCUCAUGAACGAGUUAACGUAUGAGAAGGUUUUAGAGGAGGCGGGAAAAAAUCAAAUUUUAAUUUUUGUGCACAGCAGGAAGGAGACGUAUCGAACAGCGAAAAUGUUAAUAGACAAAUUUUUGAAGAGUGAUAAUUUAAAUAAAUUUCUUAUGGGGAAAAAAAUAUCGAGCGAAAUAUUAUUAUCAGAGAAGGAAGCUAUUGUGAAUGAAGAAUUGAAAGAGAUUUUGUCAUUUGGUUUUGGUAUUCACCAUGCAGGGAUGAAGAGGACAGAUCGUAAAUUAGUGGAAGAUUUAUUUUCAGAUAGGCACUUACAAGUGUUGGUGUCGACCAGUACGUUGGCAUGGGGAAUAAAUCUGCCUGCACACACUGUUAUUAUUAAAGGUACUAGUGUGUAUAAUAUAAGUGUGGGUGAUUUUGAUGAGCUAUCAUCAAUGGAUGUGCUUCAAAUGGUAGGAAGGUCAGGCAGACCUCAAUAUGAUAAAAGUGGGAAGGCCAUCAUCAUAACGGAUCACAAGAAUUUGCAACUUUAUUUGUCAUUAAAUAAUGAACAGCUGUCCAUUGAAUCUACUCUUAUGAGGAAUAUUGUAAAUGUUAUUAAUUCCGAGAUUGUGUUAAGGAAUAUUCAGAAUUUUAAUGAAGCGGUGAACUGGUUCCGAUAUACAUACCUAUACAUCCGCAUGAUGAAAAAUCCCAAAUUGUAUGGAGUUUUUGGAAAAAAUGAAAAAAUGGACUCUGUACUUUAUGAACAAGAUAAGGAGAAGAAAAAUAUUUCUGACUUGUUCAUGCAAAAAUUGAAUAAAAGAAUUUACAAUAUAAUUUAUUCUGCCUUUAUAACAUUAGAAAAAUAUGAUUUGAUAAAAUAUAAUAAAAGGUUAAACACGGUGAGUAGUACGUAUGUGGGAAAGAUUAGUAGUUAUUACUAUGUGGAUUAUCGUUCUAUAGAUUUAUAUAAUAAGAAGCUGAACAAGCAUACAAAUGAAACAGAGUUGUUGAAGAUUUUCGGUAUGAGUGAUGAAUUUAAACAUAUAUUUGUAAGAGAGGAAGAGAAAGUUGAAUUAUCAAUAAUAAUGGAGAAAUUACCCAUUCCAUUGAAGGAGUCCAUAAGUAUCCCUUACACAAAGAUUAAUAUCCUUUUGCAGUUAUAUCUUUCUAAUGUAACCCUAAAUGGGUAUGUUAUUAAUGCAGACAUGAUUUAUAUACAACAGAACGCAUUGAGAAUUUUUCGAUCUUUCUUCGAAAUAUCUUUAAAAAAAAACUCUUACCAUUUAAGUGCACUAACCUUGAAAUUUUGCAAAAUGGUAGAGAGGAAAAUGUGGGCGACCAUGUCUCCCUUGAGGCAGUUUGGUUUGCUUAGUAAUGAGUUGAUCAGAAUUAUUGAGAAGAAAAAUAUAACCUUUAGGAAUUAUUUAAAUAUGAGUUUAAACGAGUACAUGACAAUAUUUAAAAAUAAAAAAAUUGCAAAAAAUGUGUACAAGUUGGUUCAUCAUUUUCCUAAAAUUGAAUUAAAUGCAUAUAUCCAGCCAAUAAAUCACAGGAUGCUCAAGGUCGAAUUGAAUGUGGCUCCAGAUUUUAUAUACAAUCCCAAGUAUCAUGGUCACUUUAUGUUGUUUUGGGUAUUUGUCUUUGACAUUUCCAGUGAGAGCAUGUUACAUUACGAUUUGUUUAGCUUGAAGCGUGGUGGUGUAGCUAGCUCCACCAAUAUCAGCUCUGUGAAUGCAACCUCUCAGAUGUAUCAGCAAGAUGGGGACCACUCUGGAGAUACACUGGAUGAUCAUCUAUUAACCUUUUUUGUACCCAUAAAUGAAAAUCCAUUUUAUAUAGUAAAAGUGGUAUCGGACAAGUGGUUAGAAUGUGAAAGUACGAUUAAUUUGUAUCUAAAGGAUAUCAUUUUGCCUUCGAAAAUUUCCUUCUCUACUCCAUUGCUGGAUCUACAAGCACUGCCUGUCAAUGCUCUCAAGUUUGAAGAGGCCAAGCAAUUUUUCCACAGCAGAAAUGUAACACAUUUUAACCCUAUACACACACAGGUAUUUCCGUCCGUGUAUGAAAUGGGUGGUAAUGUGAUCAUUUGCAGUUCUCCUGGUAGGUAUUAUUUAACGCCAGCUGAGUUUGCUGUUUUAAGAAUGAUUCGAUGUGUAAAGGAGUUGCACGCGUUCAUUAGGAGGUACAUCAAGAAGGAAGAAGAUUUAUACAAAAUUGUUCGCGAUAAGAAUAUUGCUAGUAUAGCUUACAAUAACCCAGUGAAUUUUAUAAAAAUUGUUUAUGUAGCCCCCUUGGAAGAAAUCGUAUCGAAGACGUUUGAGAAUUGGGCUCCUUUUUCAAACACCUUUGGAAUGAAAAUGGCGGUACUGACUGGUGAUGUACAGGUAGAUACAAAAAUUUUACAAAAGAAUAACAUCAUUUUGUGCACCCCUGAUAGGUAUAAUAAUUUGUCGAAAAAGUGGAGGAGGAAGAAAAUUUUUCAGUCGAUUAAUUUGUACAUAUUUGAUCAUAUGGAAUUGCUGGACACAUUGGAAGGGUCCAUCAUGGAGGUUGUGAUUAGUCGUGUGAGAUAUAUAGCGACUCAGUUGGAGUUGGGGAAGACACAUCGGGGGAAGAAAAGCAAUACAGCUUCUACAUCUUCAGAGGGGAAGGGUAAGCUGCCUCCGUUUGUUGAUCUGAACUUGGGGGAUGACAGAACGAAGGAGCAGGAAGGAGGUGGGAGGUAUGGAAAGGGAGGAGCAUCGUCCGAUGCGGCUCAAAAUUUGAACAAGAUGCAACAUUUGAGCAUGGAUGAUAUAUAUGAAAAUAUUGGGGUAAAUAGAAUUGUGUGUUUGUCUAGUUGCUCCAUGAACAACUGUAAGGAUGUAGGGGAGUGGAUCGGUUGUAAGAAGAGUGACUAUUACAAUUUCUUAUCUAGUGUGAGGAGCAUUCCCAUCGAAAUUUAUCUUCACGCUGUGAGUAUUAUGAACAAGCAGAAUAGGUACCUGUCUAUGCAGAGGCAGGUGUAUCAAACGGUUAGGAAAUUGAAAAAGAAGAAUGCCAUCAUUUUCGUAACGGAGGAUAAAAUGUGUAAAACGCUUGCACUUGAUUUGGUUCUUUCUGCUUCUAAUGAUGGGUGCAUGUUUUUAUCUAAUUUGGGAGGUGCUAGUGGGAUGGAGAAUUUACAAGAACAUGUAAAUGAUAGGAUGUUGUUGGAGCUACUAAAACAGGGAGUAGGGUACUUGCAUAGAAGUAUGGGGGAGAUGGAAAGAAAAUUGGUGGAGGCCUUGUUCGAUAAAAAAGCCAUACAAUUACUGAUCGUAGCGCAUGAUUACGUGUAUAGGUUGAAUGUGUAUGGAAAUGUAGUGAUUCUGUUAGACACUAUAAUUACUCACUUUGAUGGGAAGGAGGAAGAUUAUUCUAUUCAGAGUGUAUUACAGAUGCUGAGUUAUGCUGGUCGAGAAGGAGAGGAUACAAAGUCGUUUGUUUAUAUAUACACGUAUAUCACGAAGAAGGAGUAUUACAAGAAUUUUAUUUACGAACCGUUGACUGUAGAAUCUAACAUUGAGGAUCACCUGCCAAAUUUUCUUAACAACGAAAUUGUGAUGAGUACAAUUGAGAAUUAUCAGGAUGCGAUUGACUGGAUCACAUGGUCCUUCUUCUACAGGAGAAUUAGGAAAAACCCUAAUUAUUAUGGUUUGAAGGGGGUAUCCAAUGAGCAUAUAUCUGACUACCUCUCGGAGCUGAUCGAGAGUAACAUUGAAUUGCUCUCCUUUGCUAACUGUGUGGCGAUUGAGUCUGGUGAAGAUCUUAAGCAGGAGAAAAAGACACGCAAUGGAAUGACUCAUAGUGGAGUGGACGGGGGAGAAGGGGCUGGCAGCGGCUCAGUUUCCAUUAAGCCUUGCAACCUAGGAAUCAUCGCAUCGUAUUACAAUCUCGACUAUCAUGUAAUUCACUUUUUCAAUCAAUACGUCUUGUCCCUCAAGGGGUUGAAGAAGAAUAGGAUAAUGGAAAUUGUAUGCCUUUCUAGCGUCAUGUCCCAGGUGGUAAAAAUGAGCAACUAUGAUGUGAUGCUGUGUGUGAAGAUUGCCCAGACGUGUAACAUGAAAGUUACUUCUGAGUUUUUAAAACUCUCUAUAAGUAGUGAAUCAAUUACAGGGGAAAAUGGUCUUGUUGGAGGUGGAGAUGAUGGAGAUGGACGAUCAGAUCACCUGAAUAAGUCAGGCGAAAAUGACAAAAAAGAACAAUAUAUAAAUUUAGUGAAUUUUAUUUCAAACCCGGUAUACUUUACUCCCCAUUUAAAAGCACUGGUCAUUCUCCAGGCACACAUUAAUCGGUAUAGCAUUCCUUUGAACUACGUUGAAGAAACGAAAAGGGUCCUCGAGAAAACAUUUAAACUAAUCAAUGCACUAAUAGACGUGAUUAGCAGUAACAACAUUUUAAAUUUUUGCUUAUUCGUUAUGGAGAUUUCUCAAAUGUUGACUCAGAGUAUGAGCAGUACAGAUGAGUCGAAUCUGAUGCAGUUGCCCCACUUUGAUGGAGCUUUAAUUAAGAAGGCGAAGGAAUUAGAGAUUGCAGAUGUGUAUGACUUGAUAAAUGCGGAGGAUGAACAGAGAGAGGAACUUUUGAAUCGGUUGAGUGAGAAGGAGAAGAGUGAAAUAGCUAACGUAUGUAAUAUUUUUCCUGUUAUCGAGGUGCAGUACGAUAUCGACGUGGACAAAAAGUACAAAGUAAAUGAAAUUGCUUCACUUAGUUUAACUAUAGAACGAGACUUGGUGCAAGAUGACCCCGACGCUACUGCCAACUGUUUUGCGCACUCGCUGUACCUUCCCUUUGAGAAGGAGGAACUGUGGUGGGUCGUCAUUGGCAUUAAGAAAAUGAACCUUCUGCUUUCCAUAAAGAAACAAUCUCUGAUCAAGGCUGUUAAUAAUGUUAAGGUGAAUUUUGAGUUACCUGACCAGCCUGGCCACUACGACGUGGUUAUUUACGUUAUAAAUGACUGCUACGUGGGGUGUGAUCAGGAGUACGAGUUUGGGAUUGAGGUGGAGGCGUGA